CCAGCACAGGCACCUCGCUUCGUCUCUUGACAGCAGCUGCCUGAUCUGCAGCAGGGCAGCGGGAGGGCUUUCGGUUCGACCCAGCACCGAUCCUGCCCGUCUGCGCGGAGGACCCGGCUCCGGACGCCAAUCAGUAAUGAUGAAUGGCUCCGACCUCGCCAGUACGACGGCGUCCAGUCCCAAAUCCAAAGAGGACCAAGUAGUGAACGGCCACGAUGAAAAGGAAAACAACCCCUUUGCAGAGUACAUGUGGAUGGAGAACGAAGAAGACUUCAACAGACAGGUGGAGGAGGAGCUGCAGGAGCAGGAGUUCCUCGACCGCUGCUUCCAGGAGAUGCUGGAGGAGGAAGACCAGGACUGGUUCAUUCCAUCGCGCGACCUGCCCCAGGGCAUGGGGCAGCUGCAGCAGCAGCUGAACGGGCUCUCCGUCGGCGACGGCCACAGUUCGGAGGACAUUCUGAGCAAAAGCAACUUGAAUCCAGACGCCAAGGAGUUUGUGCCCGGCGUGAAGUACUGACCGUCAAGGCAGGCUUUGGAAAGACUGUGUCCCUGCUCCGGGGGAAGGUGGCGGGGGGGAAGCAGGGAAGGGGAUCGGCCCCCGGCUGGACUCUGCGCCGUAGCGGAGUUGCUGCAAUGUGGCGAAAUCUUGCUCUACGCUUCAAGUACCUUUUUUUUCCUUUUUUCUCUUUUUUUUCCCUUUUUUUUAAACUCUCCCUUUGUAUCGUCUAUCACUUUUUUUUUUUGCCAGUUUUUGCUUUCUAGGACUUGCAGCCCUUAGGUCUGCCCUGGAGUCCAGCACUCCCCCUGCUUCAGAGGCCCAUUUCAACGCGCGCUUCAAACCUGCUAGUGGAAAAGCCAUGUUUUCUUGUUUAAGUAGAAUUUGUAGGGAUCCCCCUGCCCGCCUGCUCCCUCCCCAGAGGCGGCGAGCCUGGGCCAGGAGCCGCGCUGGCUUUCCCUGUUUCCGUUAAACAGGAUUUCUUUCGCUAAAGGAAAAGUGAAGUGUAACAAGACUGUAAACCCUAAAUUCCUCCAAGCAGCAGCCUGCCCCAGCUCGCCGGUAGGUGCUGAACACCAACUCAUACGCUUCUCUGCUGGUAGAUGAGAGUCCUGCCUGCUUAAUCGGUUGCGGGAGCUCUUAGGAGAGACCAGACCCCUCAGACACCACCCCGGCUGUCCUUCCCAAGGGAAGGGCUGCGGGCCUCCCCCUAAAAAUUCGUCUUUUUAAAAAAUUCCCCCCCCCCCGGCUCUUGAGCUUAUCCAGCACUAUGGGCUGUGGCUCUGAAGCAUCCGUACCUUCCUUUCUCAUUGAAAUAAAUCCGAGAAAAAACGAUUAGAGCCCGUUCUCAGCAGAGUGGAGCGGUGGGGAGUUGGUGUCAAGCAGCCUCCCUGGGAGAAGGACCCUCUGCCAAGAUGAGUCUGAGCCCCGAGGAGCACCCGCAGACGUAGACAGAGAAGGUGGUGGGCAGCGUCUUCGUGCUGGUCCCUGCGGUGCCCUUUGCUGAGGCUCUGGUGGCGGGUGGCCUUCAAGGCAAAGCCGCCAGAGCGGCUGUUGGUGAGCAGCAUCCGUGCCUGUCGGGUGAACUUGCUCUUGGGGACCUCCUUCCCCAUCGGCAGGAGCUGGCUGGGCUUCAGCUCCCCGAACCACGGCCCUGGGCGCUCCUGGUAUUUUCAAUCAUGUCCUUAGCGUGGGCUCCUUUGGAGAGCCGGGGUCAGAAAUCUGUAUCCAGAGGAAGCAGGAGCUCCUCGGUGAGGGGAGUAGCCUAACGAUUAAAGUAGUUACUGGCUCUAGUAACGUUUGGGGUGAGUUCUUGCUCAUCCGUGUAAAUCUCGCCUCCCGGGUGCAGUUACUUCCAGUAUUCCCUUUACUUAAACGGAGUAGUUAAUGGAGGGGGAUUAGAGAUCCCUGCGGGGUUUGCAGAGAUGGAAGCUAAUGGCCACUCGAUAGCCGAGGGCUUGCUCCGUCUCCAUUAGCUCGGCACAGCAAAGCCGGCGGCCGCAGCUCCCGCCGGCGGCGAGCUCAGCGGGAGGGCCCGGGGUUAUCGGACCGCAAACACACUAAUGGCGAGCGGAGGUUUGAGCUGAUUUAACUCGGCUGCUCUCUGUUACAGUCCGCUCCGUAACUCAACAGAUCUCCCGUCUCUGGCUGCCGGUCUUAAAACCAGCACUAAACCCUGACACUACCGCAGCUGGAGCCGGCAGCCUGUUGAAGGUGCCCACCUAAAUAGGUGCCCGUCAUCUUAAAUAUUGCUGCCCAGAGGUAUGGGUUGGUUUGGGUUGAGUUCUCCUGUUUCCCGGUACAACCCGUGCCUUCAGCGCCUGCGCGGUCGCCUCCAGCUGCCGGAGGCUCCCUCCGCUCCGGGGCCGGAGCUCAGGCCGUGCCCCGGGGCUUUGCGGGACGUGAUCCGGGGCGCGGGGAAGGGCAGCUGUACGCUGGGCAAACUUCUUUUGUAGCGGUAGCGCAGUUUCCCCCACACACACACCCCCAGCCCCUUUCUCUGGUUUCUGUUUGAUUUCUUACAAAAAAAACCCACCCCCAACCCUCUGACGUGCUGUAAAUUUCAGACAAUGCGUUAUUAAAAAUAAACUUUUUGGAACU